GGCUACCAUGUGACGCGGUCCAGAGCUGAAGGGAUUGGCCGAGGCAGCGCAGGCGGUGCAGCUUGGCCGGCUUGCUGUUCCUCUCCCUUUCUCUCGCAGCAUCUUCCUGGGAGCCUGUAGGUGAAGCAGCACCAGCAGCAUCCAUGGCCUAUCUUUGGGGUUAACACUUGUCUCCUUUGGCUUCAGCAUCGGACAGAGCAGAUCUCUCGGCAGCGGCAGCAGCGUUGUGAGGACUUAGCUGGGACCUGGAAUCGUAUCCUCCUGUAUUUUUUCAGACUCUUUGGAAAUUAAGGAAUGCAAUUCUGCCACCAUGAUGGAAGGAUUGAAAAAACGUACAAGGAAGGCCUUUGGAAUACGGAAGAAAGAAAAGGACACUGAUUCUACAGGUUCACCAGAUAGAGAUGGAAUUCAGGGGAAAAAAAAGACCCAGAAGACUCAGCUUCUCCUCACCUCUUGCUUCUGGCUCAGAGCCCUCUCGUUAACUCUGUCUCAGAAGAAAAGCAAUGGGGCACCAAAUGGAUUUUAUGCGGAAAUUGAUUGGGAAAGAUACAACUCGCCUGAGCUGGAUGAAGAAGGCUACAGCAUCAGACCUGAGGAACCCGGCUCUACCAAAGGAAAGCACUUUUAUUCUUCAAGCGAAUCGGAAGAGGAAGAAGAAUCACACAAGAAGUUUAAUAUCAAGAUUAAGCCAUUGCAAGCUAAAGACAUCCUUAAGAACGCUGCAACUGUAGAUGAACUGAAGGCAUCAAUAGGCAACAUUGCACUUUCCCCAUCACCAGUGAGGAAAAGUCCGAGGCGCAGCCCGGGUGCAAUUAAAAGGAACUUAUCCAGUGAAGAAGUAGCGAGACCCAGGCGUUCCACACCAACUCCAGAACUCAUAAGAAAACCUCCAGAUGACACCAUGGCACUUGCUCCCCUCUUUGGCCCACCAUUAGAAUCAGCUUUUGAUGAACAGAAGACAGAAGUUCUUUUAGAUCAGCCUGAGAUAUGGGGUCCAGGCCAACCAAUUAAUCCAAGCACGGAGUCGCCAAAGUUAACAAGGCCUUUUCCCACUGGAACACCUCCACCACUGCCUCCAAAACACGUACCAGCCACCCCACCCCGAACAGGCUCCCCCUUAACAACUGGACCAGGAAAUGACCAGUCAGCCACAGAGGUCAAAAUUGAAAAACUACCAUCAAUCAAUGACUUGGACAGCAUUUUUGGCCCUGUGUUGUCCCCCAAGUCUGUUGCUGUUAAUGCCGAAGAAAAGUGGGUCCAUUUUUCUGAUACAUCCCCGGAACGUGUUACUCCAGAGUUGACUCCAAGGGAAAAGGUGGUGUCCCCACCAGCUGCCUCAGACAACCCAGCUGAAUCCCCGCCUCCGGGCCCCCCGGGCCCUCCUGGCCCCCCAGGACCUCUGAGUCCUCCUCGCAAUGUACCAUCGCCACUCAACUUAGAAGAAGUCCAGAAGAAAGUCGCUGAGCAGGCCUUCAUUAAAGAUGAUUACUUAGAAACAAUCUCAUCUCCUAAAGAUUUGGGGCUGGGGCAGAGAGCAACUCCGCCUGCCCCCCCACCACCCACCUACAGGACUGUGGUUUCGUCCCCCGGACCUGGCUCGGGCGGUGGUACGGGGACCACCAGCGGUGCAUCAUCCCCUGCUCGGCCAGCCACCCCCUUGGUUCCUUGCAGCACCACGACCCCACCUCCACCUCCUCCCCGGCCUCCAUCUCGGCCAAAGCUACCUCCAGGGAAGCCUGGAGUCGGAGAUGUGCCCCGACCUUUCAGCCCUCCCAUCCAUUCUUCCAGCCCUCCUCCGAUAGCACCCCUAGCCCGGGCUGAGAGCACUUCUUCAAUAUCGUCCACCAAUUCCUUGAGUGCAGCUACCACCCCGACAGUUGUGUCAGAAGAUGAUGUUUUUUAUGACAAACUGCCCUCGUUUGAAAGGCGCUGUGAAACGCCUGCAGGUUCUUCCAGGGGACCCAGCCCCCUAACCAUGGGAGCCCAGGACACCCUCCCUGUUGCAGCAGCAUUUACAGAAACGGUCAAUGCCUACUUCAAAGGAGCAGAUCCGAGCAAAUGUAUCGUGAAGAUUACUGGAGAAAUGGUGUUGUCCUUUCCUGCCGGCAUCACCAGACACUUUGCCAACAACCCAUCGCCAGCUGCUUUGACCUUUCGGGUGACAAAUUUCAGCAGGUUAGAACACGUCCUGCCAAAUCCCCAACUUCUCUGCUGUGAUAAUACCCAAAAUGAUGCCAAUGCCAAGGAAUUCUGGGUAAACAUGCCAAAUUUGAUGAUUCAUCUAAAGAAAGUGUCGGAACAAAAACCCCAGGCUACGUAUUAUAACGUGGAUAUGCUCAAAUAUCAGGUGUCAGCCCAGGGCAUUCAGUCCACGCCUCUGAACCUGGCAGUGAACUGGCGAUGUGAGCCGGCAAGCACCGACCUGCGCAUAGAUUACAAAUACAAUACGGAUGCAAUGACAACGGCCGUGGCCCUCAACAAUGUGCAGUUCCUGGUCCCCAUAGACGGAGGGGUAACCAAGCUCCAGGCUGUGCUCCCACCAGCAGUCUGGAAUGCUGAACAGCACAGAAUAUUGUGGAAGAUUCCUGAUAUUUCUCAGAAGUCAGAAAAUGGAGGAGUGGGCUCUUUAUUGGCAAGAUUUCAGUUAUCUGAAGGCCCAAGCAAACCUUCCCCAUUGGUUGUUCAGUUUACAAGUGAAGGAAGCACCCUUUCUGGCUGUGACAUUGAACUUGUUGGAGCAGGGUAUAGAUUUUCACUCAUCAAGAAAAGGUUUGCUGCAGGAAAAUACUUGGCAGAUAACUAAUAAAAUCUUAUGCAAGGAUUUGGAGGAUUCAUAUAAUGGAGAACUACUGUAUGAGAAACAGGUUUUAAUUUUGGUUUGAUGAAAACAAACCAAAAUCUGCACUUGGGAUAUAUCUGCUGGAAAUGUCAAUGACUUUCAGCAAUGAUUUCCCUCACACAAUACCAUGAUGACCAGUCCUACAGUAUUUACUUCUAGGUGUAAUAUUGUUAAUGGUUUUAAAAUGUAAUUAUUGUAUUUGUAAAUUGUACUCAUUCCAGUAAGGCAGUUAUACUUGAGUUUUAGCAUUUUACCAUUCCUGAAAUGGAUGUAAUUUAAACUGUGGUAUGUAAAUUUAAUAGUAGUACUGUUGAAUGGCACAAUGCUUACAGAGGUAGAUUGCAUUUUGUCAAUAUAUAAAAUUUAAAUAUAAUAUUGAUAGCUGUCAUAAGGGGGUGCCACACACAAAGACAAUUCAGUGGAACCAGAAAAAAACUUCCUUUUCUUUGGUCCUUAGUAUGUUUUACUCUAGUGCUAAAUAAAAAUUCUAUCUUCAAAUAUUUAGUGGGUUAAAGUCAGAAACUAUUUCAGAAAAAAUAAAAAUUCUAAGGUACAUGCGCAUAUUCAAAGAAAAGCAUUAAUUACCACUUUUUAAAAAGCUUUUUUUUCAAACUGCAAAUUUCAUAAAAAUGCAAACUGUGUAAACAGGACCUCUUAUUUUUAUAACUUGUGUAAAAAGGGAAAGCAAUUCAUAUUUAAAGUUUAUGAAAUUAUAAUCAAGAGUAAAGAAGAUGUCGAAGUCUUAACUACUUCCCCCUCUCUCCACAGUUUAGCAGAUGUGGAGAUUACUGAAUAAUCAGACUAAAACCAAAAUUGUGAUUUUAAAAUUUCAAGAAUUUCCAUAGUUGAACUGGUUAACAACUUUUGCACAAUAACUCUAAACACAGAAUGCCUCCCAUCCAGCAUGGGGAAUGGUACCAAGCAUCUUCCUCUUUACCAAUAGGAACCAAAACAUUGAGUCUAAAUAUCCCAGAAAAAAAAGAUUUUAGUCCCCUACUUAAAUCCAGAAGGAGAAUUUUAAUUGUCAUCAUUUAUAUCAUUUGGGAAGGAAAAAAUAAGCUUUAUAAAUCAAAUUCUAACCACAUUAUUGUGCAAUAAAUUUCCUUUUGGAUAAGAUUCAUUGUAUGUAACUAUAAAUCUUUGCCAUCCUUGGGGAAUCAAAAAGAGAGUUAUCGAAAAUGUAUGUUAUGAUUUCAUUGUUGCAAGGUAUAAUAAAAACUGUAAUUACUCA